CUUGGCUGCAUGGAAACCUCCUCUGCGAUGCGUGAGAGGCAAAGCUCGGAAAUGUUGACCACUUCACAAGUUUUCUCUUAUGUAUCUGUUUAGUAUUUUAUGUUUAUGUUAAUAGUUCAGAGAAGCACUUUAUUUGGAGUGUUUACGGCACUCUGCGUGCGGCACGGCGAGUGUUUGACGGACCGCGGCAGAUUAAUACAGCAGUCUGAGAGGGACCCUGAAGCAGCAGGCGCUUCGCUGACAUGAACUUCCCGCCGAGCAAAAGACUGAAAGGCCGUCAGGUCCCAGCUGACCCCGACCCGUUCGAGGAUGACAUCGACUUCACGCAGGACGACCUGGAGCAGAUGGACAUCAUGGCGUCCCAGGCCUUCGGCGGAGACGGCCAGAGCUGCUGCUCCAAGAGAGCGUUUGGGUCGGCGUUCUCUAGCGCUGAUGAGCAGAGCAAAGCUCCUGCGAGAUCCGGCCGGAAAACGUUUGCCAUCGGAGACGGCAGCGGCGCGUUUAACAGCAAAGACGCGUUCGCAGAAGGACAUUCCAGUAAAGAUGGAGAAGAUCUGUACUACAAGCAGUUAGAGCAGCAGCAAGCAGAGCUGAAGAAAAAGCUGAAGGAGGUGGAGGAGGACAUCCUGAUGAAGAACGGCGAGAUCCGAGUGCUGCGCGACUCCCUGAAGCAGGCCAAUCAGGAGAAGGAGCGUCAGCGGCAGACCCAGCUCGCCCUGGAGAACCAGACGGCUCGCGCUCAGAGCGACAGAGAGAAGGAGCUGUCCAGGAAGGUCCAGUCGCUGCAGUCAGAGCUGCACUUUAAAGAAGCGGAGAUGAAUGAAAUGAGAGGGAGACUUCAGAGCGCUGAGCGUGGAGGAAAGCUGCCCGGCACUCCUGCUCGAAACACCGUUCAGUCUCCUGUGAGCAGAGCCUUCAUGACCAAAGAAAACAUCUCCGCCUCCUUCUCUAAGAAAAUAUCUCCCGUCAAAAAAGCCAGUUUAUCAGAAGCUCUCUCAGACAGUGAAGCGGCUCUGACGGACGGGAUGCGUCCUCUGGAGGUGUUUAGUUCUUCUUCAGGCCGUGUGUUACUGACCCUGCUCCUCCAGCAGCCCCUGGACCCCAGCGCUCUGUCUCUGUGUCACCUGCUCUCCAUCAGUCCUGACGCUCCGCCCAACAUCCUGGCACCGCACGCGUACGUCAGCCCGGGGUCUUUGGUCACGUCCAGCUCGUCCUGCACAGAGUUCAGAUGGUUUCACCGUCCUCAAGCUCGUUUCCAUCAGCUGCAGAGUCUGGCCUCGUCCGCUCUGAACGCGUUAGCUCUGCAUCACCCCGACAGCGCCCCGCAUGCCCCCGCGUCCUCGCUCCGAGCCGCCCAGCGCUCCUGUCCCGCCGCGGUGCGCCUCCUGCCUCUGCUCAGCUUCCACAUCGGCUCGUACUGUCAGUCUCUGGAGAGCUCGGCGAAGGCCUCGCUCCACGGCGGCGGCUCACUGUCAGGGGCGUCCGACUCCGGCCUGGCCUCGAGUGUGGAGGGGUCUCUCAGCGGGCCCGAGGAGCUGGCCCUGGCCGCCCUGGGAGCUCUCGGUCAUGUGGUGCGCUCCAGCAGCGAGGCUCUGGAGGAGGUUCUGUGUCCCCCGGAGGACGUGAACCGGUCGCAGGCUUCGAAACAUCUCCUCGGCGCCUCUGAGCACCUGAACGGGGACGCGCCGACGCAGCUGCCUCUUCUCAGGAGGAUCCUGCAGCUGGCAGAUCCGGCCUUCAGCACCGCCGCUGGCCAGAGGGAGGCGCUAGUGAGCACUAGUUUGAAGACGCUCGGUCUUCUGGCCGAGAGAGCGCGGGACAACCAGCUCUUGAGACUCCAGGUGGUGAUGUCAAGCCAGGUGUUGUCUAAAUGUCUGACUCUGGAGACGUCCAACAGAAUAGUCCUUCAGUCUGUCCGAUUUCUGUCGCUGAUCAUCUACAACGAAGAGGUGGCCAUUAAACUCUGCUCACAUGAAUACCCAUGUCCUUUCCUCAAAAUGUUCCAGUACAUCGCCUCUAGACCGGAUAAAUGCUCUUCUGAGGAUGGGUGGAGUCGUUUAGAACUUGAGGUCGUCCGGUUAUUAACCAAACUGUUCGCACAGAAGACAGGAACAUGGGCGGCUCUGUGUCAGUCAUCCUGCCAGUGCAUUAACGAGGUGGUGCGGACAGUUGUUGUGGUUUUGCACCGGCAGUGGCUGAAAACGAAAGGCAGAGGGAGUCGGUCGUUGGGCGGUCGGGGCUGGACGGGUCCUGGGUCGCAGGUGCUGCGGGAAGCCCUGAUGUUGCUGCACUGGCUGCUGUUGAACGACUCCUCGUUUUCCGAACACUGUCUGGACGUCCUGCACAUGUACGAUCAGGUCGUUCCCGCCGUCAGAGACACGCUCCGACUGGUCCCAGAUCUGUCUGAGAGCGAAGUUCGUGUUCAGAUCUGAUGGUGGAUCAGCACCAAGACAUGACCUUCAUCGGAGACCAGAACAUCUCGUGAACAGAUGACCGGAAGUCCUUUGCAUCUGACGUAGCUGUGCUUAAAAAUGGACUGGAAAUUAAGUGCUGGGGUCCGGCCUGAGAAGAACUGGCCCCCAACUUCUCGUAAGUUUUUUUUUUUACUCCAUUAAUUUCUGUCGUGGAUGGGGUUUUGGUUCCUUGUCGCCUCUCGUUUGCUUAGUUGGGGACUUUCUAGUGAUUAUCGUUGAUUUGAUUCAGAGACCGUCUCUGCAUUUAAUAAUAGUUUGAAUCCACGUACUGACGAAAUUAUUUCUCCCUUUUUAAAUUUCAAAUCACAUCAGACAACCAUUUAAAAAUUAUCAAAAAGUUGAAAUGAAAGUAUUGGGUGAGGGUAGGUGUAGGGAGGGCUUUAUUGUCUCAACCAUGCCGUCUAUUUAAUAAUUUGAAUGAAAAUGUACAUUAACACUCAAUAAAUUGCAUUCUGUUUUAUAAAGUACUUCAAUACUGAGGUGCACAUAAUUUCCACUUGCAAUAAGUAGUGUAAAUAGGACACCCAUUGCUAUUUGCAGUGUAAAUAGCAUCUACAGUGUACAUAGCCUCUAUCGCUAUUUUUGCAAAUAGCAGCUGCCAAUAAUGUGCGUUGAAAUGGAAAUGAGCUGUCAUUUUUGAUUAUUAUAUGUAUGGUUUCAAGAUGCUACAUGGAAUGG